AUGGUGAACAGACACAGAAAAUGUGCGUUUUGUGCAAGAGCAGCCAAAGUCAAUCGACAGGUCACCUCCAGCAGCCAGGACAUCCAGACCAGCAGCCACCAGCUCACCGAGCUGAAGCGCGAGAUGCAGAACCUGGAGAUCGAGCUGCAGGCGCAGCUCAGCACGAAAGACUCGCUGGAAAACUCCUUGGCCGAGACGGAAUCUCGCUACGGCUGCCUGCUGCAGCAAAUCCAGGGGCAGAUUAACGCCGUAGAGGAGGAGCUGGGCAACAUCCGCUGCGAGAUGGAGGGCCAGAGCCAGGAGUACAAGAUGCUGCUGGGCAUCAAGACCCGCCUGGAGCAGGAGAUUGCUCAGUACCGGGCGCUGCUCAAUGAGGGACAGCAAGACCUUGCGAUGCCCCAAGGAGGAGGACGAACCUCGCACUCCUAUUCUUCCACUUCCUACUCUCACGGACAAUCUGGUGGAGACAAGUCAGAGUAA